AUCGGCUUCUGAUUACUCGUUGGCAUUGUUUUCGACUUGUCUCGUCAAGGAAAAUCGUAUCGGAUGGAAUGCCAUGAACGACGCUAGACUAGUUUGGUCAUCUCUCUCUGAGAUCAGUCAUCUCAAUAUCUCCGAGAAUCUAUGCUAUGAUAAGACAUCACAUCCAUUCGCUGGCGGUAGCUACGGUGACAUUCGCCUUGGUGUAUAUACGAAUUUAGAAUAUGCCCAGGUCAAGGUUGCUGUGAAAUGUCUUCGCAUUUUCCGCAGCCAGUACCCCAACUUCAUGAAGGUAAUUGAAAGAGAGAUCCGUAUCUGGUCAAGUCUUCAUCACCCCAACGUCCUCCCAUUUCUUGGCUUUUGUUUAGAAGAGGGUAGCUUUCCCGCCCUCGUAUCCGAGUUUAUGGAAAAUGGAACCGUAUUGAACUAUUCGAUACACCAUCCUGAAGUCGACGUUACUGGGCUGAUGCUCGGCAUUGCUGAAGGUGUCGCAUAUCUGCACAGUAAAGGUGUCAUACAUUCAGAUCUAAAAUCAGGAAAUGUUCUGGUUUCAGCAACAGGGGUGCCUCUCAUAAGUGAUUUCGGCAUAUCACGGGUAAUCUCCAUCUCUGAAUCACUAAGCGGGCAAGGUGCAUGCGCUCAGCCCAGCUCUGGGGACGUGAAGGGUUCAUCUCGAUGGAUGUCCCCUGAACUUCUGCUUCCUACACGUGAUCAAACUACGAAGCAUACGAAGGAGUCUGAUGUAUGGGCGUUCGGGAUGACAGCAUAUGAAUUACUGGCAAAGAAAAGACCGUACCAUUCGCUUCAACUGGAUGCGCAGGUAAUAUUGGCUAUCGUGCAUGGACAACGACCCGAGCAGCCCCAAAAUCUUGUGGAGUGUCCAAUGCAUUACCAAAAAGCGUGGCAAAUUUGCGAGGAAUGUUGGUCUAGGGACCCAAAUGUUCGCCCGAAGAUGGCUACGGUUCUUAUGGCCCUCAGGUUCAACGCCAUUCAAGCCGGAGUGGUGAAUGGCCAUGUGGUCAACGCAGUCAAAAGAGCCAAUUCGCCCUUACGAUGCCUCGAAGAAUCCAAUGCCAGCACAAAGCAUUCUGAGACUCCAAGGCGGAAAGCCGCGAAGUCAAAGAACGUAAGGCCGUGCGCUCCUUGUCAACAAAGUCACAAAGCGUGUCGUGGAGGUAUGCCUUGCGAAAGAUGCGUGGCGCGGCAUGAUCCAGAAAACUGUAUUCCGAGAAGGCGAAGGAUGCGUUCCAGUAAUCAGCGUGAGGUAAUACCACUUUCCGAGACCCAGGAAAGUUCUCGGCACAGGACGCGUUCAUCCGAUCAAACUGGAUUGACGUCUAUCUCAAGAGCCUAUAUGUUCCAUACAUCGGUUGGUACAUACCGAGAUGCAUGAGUCUAUGUCUCACAAUCCUGCAGGACGCGGUUUCUCCUACGUCCGUGACAUCGAUAAAGAAACCCGAAAACUUCUCCAUAAGUACGGAGGCUAAAGUACUUGGAAAUGUGUAUGUCUGUUGGAACCCACCUAAGAUGAGUUGCAUUACAGAAUGGACAUGAACCCGAGGACGGACAACUGCGUCUGAUUCCAAUGAACGUAUCGCAGGAUGCUUGCCUGCAGCAGCCCCAUUUCGACGACACAGGCCAAAAUACACGACCGUAUUUUAGGAUAGCCUUAUAAAUGCAUCACAUAUUUUCUAUGCACCGUUAGGUGUCGAGGAAGUGCUUAUUGCGCUGUGGAAGUGUAAACGCGUGUAAUAUAUACCAGUUUGUAGGAUUGGUCGUUUUUCACUGGAUGUAUUUUUUAGUGGCGUGGAACCGUGUACGAAUAGU